AUGAAUAAGAAAGCAAAUAACGAUAGUGUAAAACGUGUUCAUUCAAUUACAACGCACACUAAUUCAAAAUUUGCUAGAAUAUUAUCAAAUUUUGACAAUAAAAUCGAUGUUCAUGAUUACUUUUUACAUGAACGACCAUUUGCUAAUGUGAAAAUCAUUCUUAAUCAACAAAUCAUAUGGUGUGAUAAAGCUUCAUUAGCUUCUGCUUCACCGAUUUUUCGUGAACAACUUAUAAGAAAACCUAAUGAUGAACCAUUAGUAUUUAAUGAUAUUAACUUAAAUGAUUUUCUAUCGAUGCUUGAAUUUAUUUAUCCAAUAUUUAAUCCACAAAUAACUGAAAAGAAUAUUUCAUGUCUUAUUGAACUUUCACAUCGAUUUCAAUUUGAUAUGCUUAAAAAUGCUUGUCAAAUUUAUGUUAUCAAAUAUCUGAAUACAAUUCGACGUGUUUCUGAUAAUUGUCAUAAUUCAGAAGCGGAAGGAGAUUGUUUUACUAGUAAUAAUAAUAGUGGUGAAAAUGAACGUCAUCCACAACGUGAUUUAAUUGAAUUUCAUAAUCGAAUAUGUGUCGAUGCUUCUGAUAUAAUUACAGAAUUAUGUCGAUGGUUAAAAACAUACUAUAAUACUGAUAAUACACUUCCAACUCAAGCAAUCAUUUCCGUCUUAGAACAAAUAUCAAUCAAUUACCUUGAACAAGCCAUGACUUCAGUUAAUAUUGACGAUGAAAUAAAAGCUUAUGUUUAUAAAGAACGAGCUCAAUAUCUCGAAAGAAUAUACCAUAUAAAACAUAAUACUUUCUAA